AGGGAUAGAGACACAGAGACUCCAGAGGAGAAGCACAUGUUGUGAUUAACCACUGAAGGCAGAGAUGAAGGGAUGAAGCAAAGAAAUAAAAAGAAAAGCGAUUCAGGAGAGGAGAUGAGGCGAAGAGAGAGAGCGAAAGAAAGGAGAGACAGAGAAGAAGCAGAAAGAAAGCCUCAGUCCUUUUUCACUCUCAUCCUGCAGCAGACGCUCCACUGAAUCAUGCUGAUAAGCCGAUCCGUACUGCUCGUCCUCAGCUGGUGUGUGUGUGUGAGUGUGUGUGUGGAGAACGCAGACGCUCCGGCUCCUCGGACAGCGACAGAACGACGAGGCGACUCAUCGUCGUUGACUGAAACCUUUCAGAGUCCAAACGGACAGAGGGAUGCUUUUAAACAAGAGCAGGAGGAUGACGAGGAGCCGAGAUCCUCACACAGAGACGAGAUUAAAGGCAACGUCUCAGAAAGCACCACGUCUGCACUUUCCCUUCAGCAGAGCAGCAUAAACUCUAAUCUCAGCUUAAAGACCAACACCACAAUCGAUCCCUCGGAUAUCCCAAAGUCCCUGAGUUUCCGGGAAGUGCCAAAUGGGACUGUGCGUCUCUCCAGGAGACGGAGGAGCUGGAUCUGGAACCAGUUUUUUGUCAUUGAAGAGUACAGUGGACCGGAACCGGUUCUACUCGGACGGCUGCGCUCCAGUGUGGACCGAGGUGAUGGGCGUGUCCUGUAUGUCCUGAGCGGUGAAGGGGCAGGGUCAGUGUUUGUGAUUGACGGAAGAACAGGGAACAUCCAUGUAACAAAGCCUCUGGACCGUGAACAGAAGGAUCAGUACAAGCUCGUCGCCACAGCAACAGACCAACGGACAGGCCGCGUGCUUGAGGCCUCGUCCCAAUUCACCAUCAGAGUGCAGGACAUCAAUGACAACCCACCUCUGUUCAAGCACACACACUACAUCGCCAGUGUGCCUGAGAGAGCCAGUGCGGGGACGUCUGUGAUUCAGGUGACAGCAACAGACGCAGAUGAUCAGUCGUAUGGGAACAGCGCAAAGCUUGUUUACUCCAUCAUCCAGGGCCAGCAGUAUUUCACUGUGGACCCACAGUCAGGUGUGGUGCGGACAGCGGUGUCUGAUAUGGACAGAGAGCAGCAGUCGCAGUACAUCGUGGUCCUGGAGGCAAGAGACAUGGCUGGACAUCAAGGAGGUCUAACAGGAACAACCACCAUCACUGUCCAUCUCAGCGAUGUCAAUGACAGUCCACCACGUUUCACUCAACGUGUAUGGACGUUCUCAGUAUCAGAGUUAGCUCUCCCCGGGGCAGAGGUGGGCCGUGUGAGUGCUACAGAUGCAGAUGUGGGUGAGAACGCUAAACUGGAAUUUUCCAUCACAGAUGGAGAGGGGGGCCAGAUUUUCAACAUCACUGGACUAAACCAAGAGGGUGUGAUUAUACUGAACAAGGCAUUAGACUUCGAGACUCGCAGCUUGUACACACUCCCGGUGGAGGUUCAGAACCCGAAUGUGGAUAUGCGAUUCCUCCGUGGUGGUGUGUUUAAGGAUGAGGCGGUGGUGAGGAUAACUGUCCUGAACGCAGACGAGCCGCCGCUCUUCACUCGCAAUCAUUACACCCUGAACAUUACGGAGAACUGCAGAGUGCCAUGCAGCGUGGGCCGAGUUCACGCCGUAGACCCUGAUACAGGACACGGCACCAAUAUAGAGUACUCGAUUGCCCCUGGGUCUGACCCCGGGGCUGUGUUUCGUAUUUCUCCUGUUAGUGGCCUCAUUACUGCAGUGAAGGUGCUGGAUCGAGAGCAUGAACAAUGGCACAACAUCACUGUCACAGCCACUCAGAGAGACAGCCCCAAUCAGGUUACCAGGGUGGUGGUUGCCAUAGAAACGCUGGAUGUGAAUGACAACCCCCCUGAGCUGGAUGGACCAUAUGAGACGGCAGUGUGUGACACCAGCACCGCUGGACAGGUGGUGCAGGUGAUUCGAGCCAUAGACAGAGAUGAGAUCAGCUCUGGUUCAGCCGUACACUUCAGCGUGUCUGCUCACAGCCGCCUGUCUCUGAACUUCACCACCCGCACGAGAGGAAAUCACACAGCCAAUCUGCUGCUCUUGUCCUCUCUGAAGCCACUCCCCCGCCCCGUCUCUUCUCAUUUGCACAUCGUAAAAGUACCCAUAAUCCUCCGGGACAGAGCAUCAGAGCUGAGCAGUACGGGGACAGUGACGGUGACGCUGUGCCCCUGUCAGAACGGAGGGAUGUGGGUGGAGGAGAGAAGGAGAGGGAUGGAUGGAGGGAGGAGUGGUGAUGGAGAGGUACUGAUGGAGUGGGAGAAAGUGAUGGUGUGUUCAUCUCUGCCAACUUCCUCCAUGCUGCUGGGCUUCAGCUCGGCCGCCAUGUUGGCCAUCCUGGCCUGUUCCUCCGUCCUCAUGGUAGUGGUGGUGUUGUCUCUGUCUUUGCGGAGGAAGAGGAGUGACUCUCUCUCUCCGGUGGAGAACGAUGAGAUCAGAGAGAACAUUAUUACAUAUGAUGAUGAAGGUGGAGGAGAGGAAGACACAGCUGCAUUUGACAUCACUGCACUGAAAAGCAUCCCACACGCCAUACACACGCGAGGUGUUGGUUCUGUCCCACUGUACAGUCACCUGUGCUACAGCAUACACACGGCGAGCAGCAGCCCAUUCGGUGGCUGUGAGUCUCGACUGGAUAAACCCGCACACACACUCCCCAGCGGAUACACACUGAACAUCGGGCUGUUAGAACCGGGUUCUACACUCACAGAACCGGCUGAGGAGUGUAAGAGUUCAGAUCAGGACAGGACUGAAGAUUCUGCUGAUAUUGUGCUGAAAAAGAAUCAGGCAGGAAGUGAUGUCAUCACUCAAGAUCAGGAUCCGUUAGUCCUAAAUGACUUGGCAGAUCAUCCGGUCGCAUCACAGACAGCUCACCUCCAUUCAUCCGUCUCCUCAUCUGUCGCUCCAGAUGACAUCACGCCUCCACAUAGCACAGGAAACGGCACAGCUCCCUUCAGAACCAUGGAGGGAACAUUACUGAGACCUGACGGAGGGAUACAUCUGACCAGAACUCCUUUUUUGUACCUGAACCCAGGACAGGACUACGUUCAGCAGCUGGUUGGGUUACACCUUGGAGGGCGGAGCUUCUUUAGACCUGAUUUAGGGGGCGUGGCUGUCCCUCUGACUCUUAGGAUAGAUGAAUUACUGCAGCACCGACUCACCCGAGUGACAUUUGACCCCAUGCAGCCACCAUACGAUUCACUGCAGAUGUAUGAGCACGAAGGGUCGGAGGCAGAGACCGCCUCCCUCAGCUCUCUGGAGAGCGAAGGAGAUGGAGGGAUGGAGGGAGAGGGGUUGAUUGAUUUGGGGCCAAAAUUUAACAAGCUGCUGGAGAUCUUCAGAGAGAGGGAACAGGAGAAAGAUGGAGGGAAGAAAGAGGAGAAAACGGAGGAGAGACACACACAUGGAGAGCAGCAGAAGAGUGUGGAGGAAGUGGACGGAAAACGAGAAAUACAGACGGAACUAGAUAGCAGAAAGGACAGAGAGAAUAAAGAAUGAUUUCUCUUCAGAGAGAAGAAGAGUGAAAGAAAAUGGAGAAAGAGUGAUAUGUAACAUGUUUAUGAAGAUUGUGAGACUGUGGGAAAAGAUGGAGGGAAUAAAGAGGAAAAUGAAGGAAAAAGAGGAGGGGGCGAGGUGGUUAGGCGAAAAAUAUGAGCUUGUUAAUGGAAUAAGUGAAAGACAGAAAGAAAAAGGAAGAUAGAGGGCUGAGAUAGAAGAUGAGGGUGAUGAAGGGAAGAAUGGAAGAUAAAUAUAAACACACAUGAAGGGGACGAGGCACAGAGGAAUAGAAGGUGGAAGAGAAAGAAGGAGAGAGAUGGAGAGACUCACAGAGAGAGAGAGAGAGAGGGAGAGAGGCUAAUCUAGCCAGCGUAGCUAUUCUCGGAGUUGUCAGUCAAGUGUGCUCAUUAGAAUAUUAGGCCACGCCCACACCUAAAGACUUCUCUCAGCUGCAGUUUGAGCGUUUUAUGACAUUUCUAUUCUGUCUUUAAGACAAACACUGAUGUUAGCUAUCACACAAACACAUUUAAUAUUUUGCUCCUGCUUCCCCACGCCUAUGAGAGAUCACCAAGUGAGAAGUUACAAAACAACUGAAAUAUUGAUUUGGCCGUCCGAGCUGCACUGUGUUAAAAAAUUAAUAAAUAAAAUAGGUCUCAUAAAAAAUACACAGUCCUCCGAAUCGGAGGAAACAGAAACGCCUCUCCCUCAGGAUGGGAACGAAAACCAGCUUUUAAGCAGAGUGAAAAUAAAAAUGUUACUUUAUAGAAAGUCACAAGUGAACAUGCAGACACACACACACACACCCUACUCCAUGUGAAAAACUUGGUAAAGCUCCUUCCAGUGUCCUCAACUGAACACAGACUGGAAAUCGCGGUGAGCGAGUGAGAACUCAAACUCACAAUAAACUGCUUUGUGUGCAAGGAAAAGUGUCUUAUCAGUCAAAACGCCUUCCAUUCUUCCUCCAGCCUUUAUGUAUCCCCCUUCAGUUCCUCUUGUGCUGUGAUUAUUAAGCAGCGCUUCAAGAGCUUUAGCUACCGUCAUUGUUCUCCAUUUCCAUCUCCAGGAACAGACGGAGGAACCCGAGUGAAACAAGCGAGGCAGCAAAAAUUCACAAGCUGCUGCAGCUCUCACCUCUUUCUCUCUCAGUCCUUUAUUAAUAACGCAUUAUAACUGCAUUCAUAACAUCUCAGAUGAUUUGCAUAAUUAGCUGCUCAUGCCUGGCUUCAGCCUGUAGAAAUGUGUAGAAAUGUUAACUGUAACUGCACUUUAUUGCACCAGUGUGUGAUCUCAUCAUGCCCCGCCCUCUCCAUAACACUUUGGCAUCAGUGCAUAAGGACACAAAAGAUCACCAAUAAUGCUACAAUAUGGUUUCCAUAGUAACCGUCCGGUCACAGGGAUUUGUACAGCGAACACUCCACUGAUAAUAAACAGAUUUAAAAGACGUGUCAGCGUCAAUCUGGUGAAGUUUCUGUGAGGAGAAAUGUGUCGAUGGAAGGAGUCUCCAGUGUCAGCGCUGUGUAUCAGUCAGAGGUGAGGCUGGAAGUUUUCCCACAUCUUCACGACAGAAGAGUUUACAAUUCUUUACAAAUUCUCAGAUUUUUCUCUUAUUAACUUGAAGAGAGAGAAUAAAGAGAGGCUGCUGAGGCAAACACUGUUUAUAGCUGAUAGUACACAAGAGACAACAGGAAGUAACAGGCUUCAUUUUUCACACAUUCCACUGCAUGAAAGUGUGUGUCACGCUCUGUAAUAAUAAAACUGUUAGCACAUUGGUGCAGAUAAUCACAGAUUACAUCAUAGUUUUUAUCUGUUUACAGUUACACUAAACAUUGUGGAAGUUUCAUAAGUCAGAGCAGCUGCUAUACAAAAUUAUUAUUCAACCCUUUCUGACCAGUCUGAUUCAAGGGAUUUUAAUUUCAUUUGUCAUUUGAACAUCAUGAUCAUGUUGCUGCUCAUCACAUGUUUAUCACCACAAACUGAACUCACACUCUGAUUCAGCGAGGUGAUUCCUUCUGCCCUUCAUGCUUCCACUUUCACCUCAUGAAUUUUUUUUGUUCUUGUGAAUGAAAACGUUUCUGCGGGACAGGAGCAGGUGAAGAAACGUUUGAUUAAGAAUUAAAGAUACUCCUGAACGGUUUGAUCUCUUCCCCUGAUCCUUUUCCUCCGUGAUAUUCUGCAGAUCGUCUGAUCUACAAGCUGAACGUUUGGUUUAGGGCUUCCUGAUAAAUGUGUUUCUUAAGCUGUAUGAAUAAAUCUCAGCAGAUUUUACUGUAAUGUCUGUAAAAAAAAAAAAAACCCAAAAAAUAACACAGCUCCUCAGAAAUGUUGCCCAGAGGAUCAGGAAGUCAUCCAGAUGAAAUAUGGGAAGUAAAUUACUGUGAAAAACUGAAUUGCUCUUUAUAAAUCUCUGGCUUGAUUUCUGAUGAUUUUGUGUUUUGUUCCUAUCAACAUUUUCACCCUGAACAUUUUUGCGGAGCAUUGAUUAUGCAAAUUUCAGCUGUCUGGAGUUUCACAUUGAAGACUCGCCUCGUCCACGUGACGGCUCGAUCUCACGCGUUCCCGAAACCUGUCUCACACGGGUCUGAGCUCAGGAACACACAACAGAAAAGCUUUGAGCUGUCAGCUGAAAAUAGCGGCGCUGCUCGGUCCAGUACUUGUUUACUGUCAAUGAUUCAUACGAUGAUGCAUGCUGGGAAACAGGGCUUAGGACUAUACUUAGCCAUUUUUCUGGAGGGUAAUAUGAUAUACAACAUCAUGUGAUUUGCACCGCUGCAAGAAAUUCUUUGUGGUGUGAUGAUAAUGAUGAUGAUGGUGAUGAUGAUGAUGGUGAUAAAGAUGAUGAUAAAGUCCUGAUGUUAUUAUGACCAUCAUGGGGUCAGUGAAGCUGGAUCUUCUUUUAAAUGAUAAAAGUUGAUUAGCAUGAUGCCUGUAAUUACACAUGUUAACAGUUUAGCAACAUUAGCACUGCUAGCCAGUGCAACCCUGGGCUAAUAGCAGCCAGGAAGCUUCGCCUCAGCAGCAGAUUUCUGUCUCGUAAUUAACACUCGGAGGUUCUACCAUGUUUACA